AUGGGAGGAUAUACUAAAGAAACCGAGACACAUGGCCUAUCAUGGUUAUCUAGAUCUGCUAAUGAAGGUUCCACUACUGGAUUUACAGGUUCCGACUGGGGAUCAGCUGCAACCCAGAAAGCGAUAAACUCUGCGGCAGCCAACGGACAUCUCAGUGUCGUAAAAUUCCUAAUUAGUAACCGAACCGAAGGAUUUUCAUCACAGGCGAUUGAUAGCGCCGCAUCCAACGGUUAUUUGGAGAUCGUCAAGUAUCUCAAUGGUCUUCCCGAUAGCAGUUGUACAAAGAGCGCAGUCGACCAGGCUAUAAUGAACAAACACACCGACAUUGCGAAAUAUCUCUUGGAGAACAGAACUGAGGGUUGUUCAAACGUUGCAAUUCUCAAUGCUAUUUUCAACAAUGAUAUCGAAGCCCUAGAUGUAUUAUACUCAUCACCACUCUCUCGAAAAGAGAUAGCCAUUCAAGACUCUAUUGCCUUGUCGUCAGUCUAUGGACAUGAUCUACUACGUGAUUACUUAGUUACAAAAUCAGUUACACCAUCCCAAUAA